AUGAAGAAGACAAAGCUUGUUUUUGUUCCAUCACCAGGCAUAGGUCACCUAAUAUCCACAGUUGAGCUCUCCAAGCGCUUAACUGAAAGAGAUGAUCAGCUAUCAAUAUUUGUUCUGGUCAUAAGCUCACCUGUUGGCCCAGACUUGGAGUCCUACACUCAACAAGUGGCUGCUUCAAACACUGGUAUUCAAUUCAUCAACAUUCCUCAAGUAGAUCCGAAUCUACCACAGGUCUGGAGCUCCCCAGAAAACCUUUAUGCUCUCUAUUUGGAAAGCCAUAAAUCCCAUGUCAAAACAGCAAUAAUUGAUCAAGUACUAGUAUCAGAAUCCAUCACUUCUCUUGCCGGGAUAGUUGUUGAUCUAUUCUGUAGUUCGAUGGUUGAUGUAGCGAAUGAGUUUGGCGUUCCUUCAUAUGUGUUCUUCCCCUCUGGCUGUGCCUAUCUUGGCUUCAUGUUUUAUCUUCCAUUUCACUAUAGCCAAAAUGGAAGAGAGUUCGAGACUUCAGAUUCUGAUUCAAUUAUUCCAACUUAUUCUCACCCUAUACCUUCAAAGGUUAUACCUUCUUAUGCAUUUAACAAGCAUGGUGGUUAUUCCUCAUUCGUAAAACAUGCUACCAAGUUCAAGGAGACAAAAGGAAUCAUCAUAAACACGUUUGCAGAAUUAGAACCUCAUGCUGUGGAUCAAUUGAAAUUCGAUUCUGAAACACCGCCAAUCUACACGGUUGGACCCUUGCUCGACCUGGAGGGCAGAAAGCAAGAGCCUGAUCACGAAAAAGUAAUGAAAUGGCUAGAUGAUCAGCCUCCAUCAUCAGUUAUAUUUCUCUGUUUUGGAAGCAUGGGUAGUUUUGAGCCUGACCAGUUAGCAGAAAUGGCACUUGCACUCGAGCGGAGUGGAUACAGAUUCUUGUGGUCAGUCCGGUUAUCAAAGGCCUAUACAAAAGGGAUAGGUGAACAUUCCAAUAUUUCUGAGAUGUUGCCGCAAGGCUUCUUAGAACGCGUCGAAAAUCGAGGAUUGGUGAGUAGUUGGGCACCACAAAUGGAGGUGCUGGCUCAUGAAGCAGUUGGGGGAUUUGUAUCUCAUUGUGGCUGGAACUCUAUACUAGAAAGCCUGUGGCAUGGGGUGCCUGUUGCAACAUGGCCUGUAUAUGCUGAGCAACAAAUCAAUGCGUUCGAGUUGGUAAGAGAAUUGGAACUGGCUUUGGACUUGAAAAUGGAUUAUCGAAUGGAAAAUGCACAGAAUCUUGUAGUGGCUGAGAAAAUCGAGAAAGCUAUCAGAUGCUUGAUGGACACAGAGAAUCCGAUAAGAAAAAGAGUUCAAGAAAUGAAGGAGAUGAGCAGAAAGGCCAUUGAAAAUGGGGGUUCUUCAUUCAUUUCACUUGGACGUUUGAUUGAAGAUAUGCACAUCAACAUUGGAAAAGAUAAGGGAAGUUUCUAA